CUGUCAUUAAGUGUCAUAGUGAAUUAAACAGUGAUGAUAUCAAUAAACUUAAUUAUAUUACUUAUAAACAACGUCGAGAAAUUUUCUUCAUCAACCAUACGUUUUAGAGCAUUGGAUAUCCAGAGUACCAUGAUUAUUUAAUACGAUUGUGUGUAAAUAAUCAAAUGUAUAUAUGUGCACACAUGAAUUCAAGUUUCUAUGGAUAUUACACUAGACAAUGGAUAUUACACUAGACAAAAAACUACAGGGAUUUCGACAAAUUGCUCAAGAAAAAUUGCAGAAUAUAUUAUGUUCAAUUCCAGAUAAUCAAAAAUACCUAAUAAUUGAGACAUGCCUUAUCCAACCAUUAGAACAUAUUUGUGGAGCAUCUUGGCUACGUGCCAAAGGUGUAAAUAAAAUCUAUAAAUUCGAUUCGAAGAAUCCACCACCACGUACAUCAACGAUGGUUUACUUCAUUUCGUCUAAUUUAAUUACGUUUAAAAAUGUAUUGGAUCAAAUUCAAGGGAUAAAUAUUCAUCAGCAGACAGAAAAGCAAAUUUCGGAUAUUGGAACGAAACCAUUUCAUUUAAUUGUUUUACCAAAUGUGCUCCAUAGUUUUGAUAUGGUGUUAGAAGAAUGUGGACUUUUUGGUUAUGUUGAAUUGCAUCGGUUUAAUUGGGAUUUUAUUUCAAUUGACACUGGAGUGUUGAGUUUGGAAAUUCCACAGGUCUUCAAAGAGGUAUUCAUUCGUGGAGAUACGAGUUUACUGUCUUCCGUAGCACAUAGUUUACGCAUUUUAAAUUUAGUUUGUCGUAAGCCAUCCAUGGUAAUUACGGUUGGUGAAAAUGCAGCCAAAGUGGCAAAUAUGAUUGAUCAGAUCGAAGGAUUCGAAAGCACGACAAUAACAUCUGAAGAAAACUCCGAUUUCCAUACCAUGGUCAUUAUGGACCGAAACA